ACCACCACCACCACCCCCUCCCUCUCUCUCUCUCUCUCAUACAUUAUUCUUCUUCUUCUUCUUCUUCUUCUUCUUCUUCUUCUUCUUCACUCCUCAUCAUCUUAAUUAUAACUCCUCACAUUUUAUCACUAGGUAGCAAGCUAGCUAAUUAUAUAUACUACCCAAAUUCUUGAUUAUAAGCCUUUUCCUCUUCUUGCACUUCUUCAUCGAUCGAUCAGAUCAGUCCCCAUUGAUCAACAAAUGGCCGCAAGAUUAGUCAUGCUGAUAUUGGCAUCUUCCUUUUCUUAUUCUCAUCUUCUUCUACGCACAUCAAAAGUUCGUCUACUAGUAUUUUCCCUUCUUCUUUUCCUCGGUUGCUCCACUUCCACCAAUAAUAUUAUUAAUAACAAUAAUAAUAAUAAUGAUGAUGUCGUCAACGGGGUUGAAGCUGGAAAGAUCAGUAGUACUCAUCAUCAUGUGCUCAAGCUUAACCUCAGGGCCUUCUUAGAGCAGAGAACUGCAGUCUUCUCGAGCAACAGCAACAGCUGCUUCUCCCAAAGAUCAUCGAGGCAAACAAAGGGUGCAACAAUCCUAGAACUCAUACACAGGGACCACUGCUCAGGACAGAAAAUAAACUGGAACGACAAGGCGAAGAAGACCUUGAUCUCAGACAAUGCCCGUGUCCGCUCUCUGCAGUCAAGAAUGAAAUCUCUGACCUCCCGCCAUAAGGAUGACGCCUCUGAGGCUCAAAUCCCACUUACUUCCGGCAUAAAGCUUCAAACUUUGAACUAUAUUGUCUCGGUCGAACUGGGAGGGCGAAAUAUGAGUGUAAUAGUCGACACAGGAAGUGAUCUCACGUGGGUGCAGUGCCAACCCUGCAGGAUCUGCUACUUCCAGCAAGAUCCGUUGUUCAACCCUUCCCUUUCCCCUUCCUACAAGUCCAUCUCAUGUAACUCCUCGACCUGCCGGUCCCUCCUGUUUGAGACUGGUAACUCGGGAAUUUGUUCAGAGACAGCACCUCAGUUGUGCAAUUAUGUGGUUAGCUAUGGCGAUGGUUCCUACACUCGAGGAGAGCUCGGGCUUGAGACGCUGAACCUUGGGACAACCUCGGUGAGCGACUUCGUAUUCGGUUGCGGCAGGAACAAUAAGGGCCUCUUCGGGGAUGCCUCAGGUCUCAUGGGGCUUGGAAGGAGCUCCGUUUCUUUGGUCUCUCAGACCUCAACCAUGUUUGGAGGAGUGUUCUCUUAUUGCCUGCCUUCUGCAGAUGCUGCAUCAGCAGGGUCUUUAGUCUUCGGGGGAGAUUCCUCGGUCUACAAGAACUCGACUCCCAUCUCUUACACCAACAUCAUCCCAAAACCGCAGCUGCCCACAUUCUACUUCCUCAACCUCACUGGGAUAAGCAUCGGCAAAGUGGCAUUGGAAUCGCCAAGCUUUGGGAAAUCCGGGAUUUUGAUAGACUCGGGCACUGUAAUCACGAGAUUGCCACCCUCGAUGUACAGUGCUCUGAAGAGCGAGUUCCUGAGGCAGUUCUCAGGUUUCCCUUCAGCCCCUGGAUUUUCAAUCCUGGACACUUGCUUUAACUUGAGCUCGUACCAAGAGGUGGAUGUUCCAGAGAUAAAGAUGCAUUUCGGAGGAGGUGCUGAGAUGGUGGUGGACGUGAUGGGUGUCAUGUAUUUCGCCAAGUCGGACCCCUCUCAGGUCUGCUUGGCCGUUGCAAGCCUCACAUAUGAGGAUGAUGUUGGAAUCAUCGGCAAUUACCAGCAGAAGAACCAGAGGAUCAUAUACGACAGUAAAGGGUACAAGUUGGGAUUUGCAAAGGAAACUUGCAGCUUCGCUUAAAGAUCAAAAACCUCGACUAGAAGAUAUUUAUGCGACUAAGAGUGUGAUAUUGUGAAUAUAUAAUUUCCUAGGACUUGAAAGCCAAGGAACUCGUUGGCGAAGCGAGAGACAAAAUCUACUACUGGCUUCGCUAAUUACUUUUUCAGUAUCGGAUUCUACUUUUGAGAGAAGAAAAUUUGGAACUGCAUGCAGUA